AGGCAGGGAGGCAGUGCUGCUUCACCUCUGUAUAGGCAGGGAGGCUGCCAGGCUUCACCUCUGUAUAGGCAGGGAGGCAGUGCUGCUUCACCUCUGUAUAGGCAGGGAGGCUGCCAGGCUCCAGCUCCCCUCCCUCUACAGACACAGCUGCAGUAUAGGAGCCGAUAGUAGCACAGCCUCCAGGGCUCUCACAAGGCAGCGCUCAUGAAAGGCUCAGCCCUGGUCUCCUGAACAUUGCCCAAAGAGCCAGUGCCGAGGAUACUGAGGAGGGGCACCGGUGGGAUGUCUCCAGGGCUUCAGUGGAGGAGUCAGGAGCUGAGAACAUCCACACCAUGUUACUAACAGAAGACUAACCUGCUCUGCUGCAAGCAGGUAGGUUGCCCCCUCAACACCUAUCGUCUAGACUUCACCCAACUCGCAGAGAAGACAUGGCUCAGCAGCAGCCAGCACCCAGCUCCGACACCCUGGCUGUUCCAGAAGCGGAUAGCUCCCAUUGUCCUAACGCGUGGCUUAAUGAGGACCAGGUCAAGACUUUAAGGGAGAACCUGUUGCAGCAUGAGAAGUCCAAAGGCUCCAGGAAGACUUCUCCUGUGUCCCCCAGGCUGUCCCCGAUCAUCUCCCCCAGGAACUCCCCCAGGCUCCUCCGCAGGAUGCUGCUCAGCAGUAACAUACCCAAGCAGAGGCGCUUCACUGUGGCUCAUACAUGCUUUGACGUGGACAAUGGCACCUCAUCGGGACGGAGUCCCCUGGAUCCCAUGACAAGCCCAGGAUCAGGGCUGAUUUUACAGGCCAACUUUGUCCACAGCCAACGAAGGGAAUCAUUUUUGUACAGGUCAGACAGCGACUAUGACCUCUCUCCAAAGUCCAUGUCUAGAAACUCCUCCAUCGCUAGCGACAUACAUGGAGAUGACUUGAUUGUAACACCAUUUGCUCAGGUACUGGCCAGUCUCCGUACUGUAAGGAAUAAUUUUGCUGCACUAACCAACCUGCAAGAUCGAGCACCCAGCAAACGAUCAACAAUGUGUAACCAACCAUCCAUCAACAAAGCAAGUAUACCAGAGGAGGCCUAUCAAAAACUGGCCAGUGAGACCCUGGAGGAGCUGGACUGGUGCUUGGACCAGCUGGAAACCUUACAAACCAGGCACUCUGUCAGUGAGAUGGCCUCAAACAAGUUCAAGAGAAUGCUCAAUCGGGAGCUCACCCAUCUAUCAGAGAUGAGCCGGUCAGGCAACCAGGUUUCAGAAUAUAUUUCAAACACCUUCUUAGAUAAACAGCAUGAAGUGGAGAUGCCAACGCAGGCCCAGAAAGAAAAGGAAAAGGAAAAGAAAAAGAGGCCCAUGUCACAGAUUAGCGGGGUGAAGAAAUUAAUGCACAGCUCUAGCCUGACUAAUUCAAGUAUUCCAAGGUUUGGAGUAAAAAGCGAAGAUGAAGACUCUCUAGCCAAGGAACUUGAUGAUGUGAACAAAUGGGGCCUUAACAUUUUUAAAGUAGCUGAAUAUUCUGGAAACCGACCUCUUACAGUCGUUAUACAUACAAUAUUUCAGGAACGAGAUCUGUUGAAGACCUUUAAAAUACCAGUAGACACUUUAGUUACGUACCUAAUGACUCUAGAAGAUCACUAUCAUGCGGAUGUGGCUUACCAUAAUAAUAUACAUGCAGCGGAUGUUGCUCAAUCUACUCAUGUGCUGCUAUCAACCCCUGCUUUGGAGGCUGUUUUCACAGAUCUGGAAAUUCUUGCUGCGAUCUUUGCAAGUGCAAUACAUGAUGUUGAUCACCCUGGUGUUUCCAACCAGUUUCUAAUCAACACAAACUCAGAAUUAGCCUUGAUGUACAAUGACUCAUCGGUUCUGGAGAACCACCAUUUAGCUGUGGGAUUCAAGCUGCUACAAGAAGAGAACUGUGACAUUUUCCAGAACUUGACCAAAAAGCAGAGACAAUCAAUACGGAAAAUGGUCAUUGACAUAGUGCUUGCAACAGACAUGUCCAAGCAUAUGAACUUACUGGCCGAUUUAAAAACCAUGGUUGAAACCAAGAAGGUGACAAGUUCGGGAGUCCUUCUCCUUGACAACUAUUCGGAUAGGAUACAGGUUCUGCAGAAUAUGGUUCAUUGUGCAGAUCUCAGUAAUCCAACCAAACCACUGCAGCUAUACCGACACUGGACAGACCGAAUCAUGGAGGAAUUCUUCAGGCAAGGAGACCGGGAAAGAGAACGAGGGAUGGAAAUAAGCCCCAUGUGUGAUAAGCACAAUGCAUCUGUGGAGAAAUCACAGGUUGGGUUCAUAGACUACAUUGUUCAUCCAUUAUGGGAGACAUGGGCAGACCUUGUUCACCCAGAUGCCCAAGAUAUUCUAGACACACUGGAGGACAACCGAGAAUGGUAUCAAAGCACAAUUCCCCAGAGUCCAUCCCCUGCACCCGAUGAGCAGGAAGAAGGGAGGCAAGGCCAAACAGAUAAAUUCCAGUUUGAACUUACACUGGAAGAAGAUGGGGAGUCAGACACCGAAAAGGACAGUGUGAGUCAAGUGGAAGAGGACACCAGUUGUAGUGACUCAAAGACCCUUUGUACCCAGGACUCGGAAUCAACUGAAAUCCCACUUGAUGAACAAGUGGAAGAAGAAGAAAAUCAGACAGAACCUAGCGCACUAGAAGGACAGCACUCUCCAGACACGUAACAGUGUGGAAAGCUUUCUCUUUUGAUUUUUUUUGUUAGGUUUUUCUUUUCUUUUUGAAGAAAAAGAAAUGGUUUCCAAAGUGCAUGAAACGGGCCGCAACCAUGCUCACACCUCACUGUCAUCUGCCAGGAUAUUUGUUGAUCAAAAUUGACCUAGUUUACUCAGUUUGGCACUCAGGAAUUUUAACUGAAAUUCAUUUCACAACAGUGAGAAGCUAACAGGAAACUUUGGCAGACGAGCAUUUCAUCUACCCUAAACGGUUUAAUUCCUUUUUUAAUUUUUUUUUUUCCGUUUUGUGGAGUGACAAGACCAAGGAAGACCAUGCGGCUUAGCUUGCAAGAGACAAACGGAACCAACAGAAUUUUUUUUUUAAAAAGGAGUAAAUACGGUGUUCUCCUUUUUGUAAAAAAUAAAUUAAAUUCUCAUUUCGGGACACAUUGUGGAUGGCAUGGCAUCAUAGCAAGAUGAUGAGCUUCGGAGAUGACAUGAUUUUCUAAUUUUAAGUCUUCCUGAUAAAAUGACUGAAAAUAUAAAAAAAAAAAUAUUUGCCGCUCUUUGGGCUGCAACAUACUCUGCAUUUUGUACCAUAUGUAACACAAAGAUUUUUUUUGUAGAGCUUACUUUUAUUAUUAAACAUAUUGAGGUAUUCUAUUAAAAAAAAUAAACGUUAAAAAAAACAAAAAACAACAAAACACAACGAAAAAAGGUACAUUCAUCCGCCACUAAUUUUUAUUUAUUUUUUUCCAAAGAGUAACUUGCAAGUUUUGAGUACAAGUAACGUGCUACACUGGAUGACUUCUCCAGGUUAUGGAUUUUUUUGCACCUUAGAAUUUCAUAGCAAUUGAUUGGACUGUAGAGAUCCAUUCUUUUAUAUGCUUGUAUCUUUCUUAAAGACACUGUCUUGCAGGAAACCCUUUCAGUACAAUGUAGAUUUUAAUCCUCUUUUAAUGUUCCGAUUAGCACAGAAAGAAUGCAUUGGCCACUUUCCCCAUAUAUUGUGGAAGGUCACCCUUUCAUCAUGUACAGGUUUACCCAGUCUCAGUGUUUCACACCUUGCUACACCCCAAAAUAGGGAUACCGUCAUCUAGUGGAUUGUGUGACCGACUGGCCCAUGCUGUCAGCCGCUUGUGUCCGUGAAUCUAAUGUUAAUGCAAAGAUGUUUCAUGCUGAAUGCCUUUCCCUUUUUUUCAUCCUGAUCUAAUUGGCUUAUGUGCAAUCUAUAAUAGCAAAUGUUCUGCGUUCCUUAGAAGUAUAGAGCAUCCCAAACACACACGUAUGUGUAUGCAUGUGUGUAUACAUACAUACUUAACCGUACGUCACCAACAGGCAGCAUCAGACUCACCAUCCUGUUCCAAAAAAUGCACAAUAUUAAGCACCCACCAUGUAUAUCUUAAAAAAAAAAAACCUCUCUAUUCUCUCUCUACCUGUUUAAUGUAGCAGUGCUAAAUAAGCAGCACUACUAGCGAAGCUUAUCGUACUGCUAGCAAACGUCUGUCUAAGCUCAUCCGUACGCCGUAACAAAGUGCAUCUACCUGCAUGCAGAGUUAUGUUGUUUGUGUAUAAUAUUGGCCAAAAAAUAUUUUUGACAAAAACGGAAAAAAAAAAAAAAAGUUCUUUACAAAGGACUUCAGCCUUUGGUGUAGCCUUAAGUGUCUCUUACUUGUGUUUCACGCCUUUAGAAUGGCUCAUUUGGCAAGCGAAUUUGUAGACAAGUCUCCUUUUGCAGUUUUACCUCCAGCAUCUAUCUGCAUAAAUGCUUUGACUAGAAGAACCCACUGUGCUGUCCCAUACGCAGGGAUAUUUCCAUUCCACACAUUACUCAUCCCUGUCGCUCACCUCCUGCCCAUGGAGUGCCUGGAAUGUAACAAUGUAAAAAAAAAAAGAAAAAAAGAAAAAGAAAAAAAAGCAAUAUUAUUUCCAAAAAUAAAGGUCGACCUGAAAGGGUUCACAACUGCACUAAUGGAAAUUGUUUCAUACAACAAUAUGUCACCUCCAUUAAGCAUGCAAAAAAAUAAAUAAAAAAAUAAUAUAUAUAUAUUAUUCUAAAAAGAAAUCACGCUCACCAUCCAUAGACAAUCAGCGAGUAUGACGAGUGUUUUGGUCGGUAAAUCGAAUGCACUGUAAAAUCCUUUUCUUUCCUUUUUUUUCCUUCUAUUUUCCUGUUUGCCAAAGUUUGCAAUUAUUUUAUUCUAAUUAAUAGUUAAAAAGUGACUUUUUAUUUAUAUAUAUAUUUUUUUCCGAACAUUAAAUGUUUUUGUUUUUUUUUUGCCAUAAAUCAACUGCAACACUUUUGUUGCUGUAUGGCAGCGAUUUAUAUUCUUUUUAUUCAUUUUUUUUAUCUUUUUUAUUUUUUCUGUUUUAACGAGCGGUUAUUUUGAAGGUACAACCUAUUGAUUUCAAAGGAAAAAAAAAACUUGAACGAAAUGGAUUUACAGAGCCGUGUCAAAGUGCAAAGUGUUUUAUUUUAUUAUUCUUAUCAACAUAUUUAUUACUUUUGUGCCAUUCAUGAUUUUCCUCACCGGAUGACCUUACCUGUAAUACAGUCUUGUUUGUCUCUGUUUACAACCAUGUAUUUAUUCUAAUGUACAUAAUGUUAAUUGUAAAAUACCAGUUAUUAUUAUUAUUGUUAUGACAUCAUCUGGAAACAGGCGGUGUUCUUAUAUCUUGAAACUCUUGGUGAGAGAAUGAAUAUUCUGUAUAUUUACUUCUGUAUAUUUUUCUUCUGUAUUAUAAUGUCACCUUAAAGCUUCUUUAUGGAAAAUCUUAAAAAAGAAAAAAAUCUUAAAAAAAAAAUAUGCUAUGGUAAAUAUAAAAGUUGCAGGUCUUUGGUCCCAGGGCUGUGCCUUAACUCUGAACUAUAUUUUAAUGUGUUUUGCUGCAUUUGGAAUGAGAGUUGAAGGAAAAAGGCUGGGCAUUUUCUUGAGAUUUUUUUUGUUCGUUUCAACCAUGCACUUUUUUAUAAUUUAUUUCAUACCAAACUAGAGACUAGAAGUAAGGUCAAUACAGUUUUAUGUUUCUUCUUCUCAGAUCAUGACAUCAUACAAGAGCAUAACUACAGGGGGUACAGCCUCUUUGGUCACACCCAGGCCCUGGCACCUGAAGGGGACCCAAAAAGGUUCCUCUGUUUAAUAGGAGGAGACCAGUACUAUAAUAACAGUUGGGGGUCCAAUAUUUGCAUUGGUUCCAGGAGCUUCAAUUUACAUCUUAUACCAGGGUCUUGCACAGGUCACAGUUCAAACACUACAAAAGUGGGCCAUAAAAUCAUAACUGUACUGUACGGUAAAUGAUUUCUUAUGUGAGAUCAUUUUUAAUACAAUUUUUUUCCAAUAAAAAAUAAAUAAAUAGUGUAAAGACAAGGGUGAAAAUUAUUUUAAUUUAAUAAAAAAUUUUCUAGAUAUGUUUUCCGCUUUUGCCAUUGUAAAAUAGAAUUGCUGUUACAACUGUGACACAAACUGAGCUGUAGAUAAUUGAAAGGGGAUAAGAACUAGGGAGGUGUGGAAUUUUUCAAAAUUAUUACUUAAAAUGAUUUCCAAUUAUUAUACAGCCCAGACUUGUAACAAACACAGGAAGUGAAUGGAGGAUUUACUCUGUGAAAGUGAAGACUUUAUAUGGAAUCUAUACAUAGUUUAAAAAAAUAUAUAUGUUUAGAUUUCGUAUUAAUUUCACUUGCUUGUGCAAAGUGCCACAGCGGGUGCACGAAAAUAUUUAAAGGGGUUUUCCGAGAUAUUUUAACUGAUGACCUAGCAUCUGGAUAAGUCAUCAGUAUCUGAACGGUGGGGGUCUGAUACCUGCGAUUCCUGCCAAUCAGUUGUUUUAGAAGGUACUGGCGUUCGCAGCAGCGCCUCGGCUUUCUCGCAGCUUUCCCUAGGCCAUGUGAUGUUACGUUCAUCGGUCACAUGACAUAGGCGCAGCUCAGCCCCACUAUACAAUGUACGGCGCUGUGCUUGGUGAGCGGAGAGAAGGCCGCGUCGCUACCGCUAGUGUUGGGACCUUCUCAAACAGCUGAAUCGCAGGGGUCCUGGGUGUCAGACCCCCACUGUUCAGAUGAUGAUGACCUAGCCAAAGGAUAGAUCAUGAGUUAAAAUAUCUCAGAAAACCCUUUUAACAUAUAUACACACACCUACAGUCGCACAUACAUAAUGUAUACAUAUGUGUACAUGCAAACCUAUAUACUUUUCACAUCUUACAUCACAUUUUAUGUUCUCUUUGCUCUAUUUUUCUUUGCAUUACCCACCAAAGCAAUAUUUAAUCCGUGCGUUUCGUAUGUUUCCGCAUACAGUUAUAUGUAUACUAUAGUAGGGUUAGCAUAACCCGUUGUAGCAGAAUUUUCAGUAUUGCUGUACUGCAUGUAUAGGAAGCGCCUCCGAUGGUCACGCUUCAAAAUAAUGACACUAAUACUAGUGGUCUAGUAAUCCAAAGCUUAUCUGUUUUGUAGAGACAGUAAUGUAUAGCGUAGAUACCAUUGUACAGAUAUGUAUAGUUGCACUAUUAUAAUAAAAUAAAAAAUUCACAUAUCUUCCUAUAGAUUAUUUAAGCAAACGGCAUAGGUGGAAUGAGGGAAGACUGUAGGGGAUGACUUGACCACCAAAGGCUCAUGGCCUUCGUCAUAGUCAUUCCCCUCCUACGUUAUGUCCGAUACGGACUGUGUUGCUUUGUACAUUUUAUAGCAUUGAAGCAACAUAGUUUUCUGCCUCAAAUGAUGGGUGUGUUUUACAAGUGUAAGGCCACCCUGCUCUCUUACGUAGGUGGUACAAGCUGGUCACAGUUGGCUACGCAGCCGAUUUGGCCAGUCGUCUUUUUCCCAUUCGACACCAAUUGUGCUUUCGGCCAGUCAUACCCUCUUAGCACUGUAUUAUAUGACGCGACACUAUGAAGUUUAUAUUUCAUUCCAUCACUGCCCAGCCAUCAAAGUCGGUGACUGUUCCAUGAAAGGGGAGAUUCUUUUUCGUAGGUAAUCAGAGCCUCCUUUUUGACACACAAACUGUAGAUUUUAGCAGCCCUGGUCCAAAGGAUUUUGAUCGCUUUUCUUUUAAACCAUAUUUGAAAAAAAAGGGAUUCUCAAACUACAUAAGUCCUGAAUAAUUUAUGUUCUUUUUGUUGGUUUUCUUUUGUAUUUUUCUUCGUUUUGGGUAUGUCAGUACAAUGGCAUCCUGUGUGAACACUGCAAUGAUUUUCAAUGUUUCUUAGCCUCUUUAACAGCCUAUGGGAUAGUACUGUACAUCAAUAUCUUCAUAUAAAUUUUUUAUAUGCAAUGAAAAUAAAAGCAUGGGUUGGU